UGUGUCUCGGGAGUCAUAUAUAGGCAGUUAGAUGCUACAAUAGAGAAUCUGCAACAUCUCAUCACCUCUCCAUGCCAUGGUGUAUCGUGGAAAGCCCAGUCCAGGGUGUGAGAACUGUCGCAAGGCGAAGAAGCGAUGCGGCCUCGAGCGACCAGCCUGUCAAAGAUGUGUGCAGCUGAGAAAGGCCUGCUCGGGGUAUCGAGAUACGACGGGCUUGCAGAUCCAAGAUGAGACCUGGAACGUCCAGCAGAAAGCGCAACGACAGAGUGCAAAAGCUCGGCGCACCGCUUCCAUCGAGACUACUCCAGAGUGGAGCGAUGGGGAUUCAUCUGCCCCGGAGGAGCUCAUUCCUACGACGGAGAUUGCUACAUAUGCGGACCUGGCCUCUGUCAGUCUUCUCCUAUCCAUCAAGCCGAAACCGGGAGAUGUCGCCACCAGCUACUUCUUCCACCAAUUCACAUCACCAUCGCACUGGCCAUUCCUACGAGAUUUGCAACAAACGACCAAAGAUCCGUGUCUGGAGCUCGCCAUCAAAGCAUGUGGCAUGGCAGCGCUGGACAAUGUGGAGAGUGUGGUAAUGGGCAGGCAGUAUGCCCAGUCAAUGUAUGGAGAAGCAUUGGGCCAGCUGAACGAUCGCCUCCGAGAUCCAAAGCGCUGUCGUUCAGACGCAAGUCUCAUGGCGGUGAGUAUGCUCGGCUUCUACGAAAACCUCACCUGUGAUGGCCGCGAGUCCUUUCGGUCUUGGAAGGCACAUAUUCGCGGCGCAACGCAGCUCCUCCGGAUUAGAGGGACGGGGCAGUUUGAGUCCAAGGCGGGACGUGCUCUCUUCCGAGGGACUCGCUCUCAGAUCUUGGUCCUCUCCCUGUGGACCGACUUUGCCCCUCCGGCCUUCCUCCAAGAAUACCAGCAAGCACUGGAAGAUAUGUCGCCAGAACAAGCCACGGUGCAGCCGAUGGACGAUUUGAUGCAACUCUUUUCCGAUUUUGCCAAACUGCGCAACACGGUUGUCCGCCGGGAUGUCGUGAAUCAAGCCGCUGCCGACGAAGCUGCAGAGUUGGAGAGGAAGUUUUUAAAGUGGCAAGAGGAUGUGGUUGCCGCGAGACCCAUCUGGCGAUAUCGUGAGGUCGAAGUCGCCGAGUCAGAAGACGUCUGGAACGGGAGGGUACUCGCCUACUCUGCGGCCAUGAUCCCUACUGCAUACAAUACUUGGCGAGCGGUGCGCAUUAUGCUGUCUCGAACGCGAGAAUGGUUAUGCCGGCGCUUGCCUUUUGCCGAAGAUGAGCGAGAGGAGCAAAUGCAACUCUUUCGCCGUACUCGAAGGCAAUUGACCGACGACAUUUGUGCGACCAUUCCCGUAUCGCUGGGCCAUGUUAAGAUCGAGGAAAGCUCUCUGUGCGUGCUCUCCUCUGCCUACAGUGCGGUAUGGCCUCUGUUUUUCGCCGCCACGGCCGUGUUUGAGCGCAUCACAUCCGAUUCGAUUGUCGUGCAACACGGCGUGCCUCAAUUUACCAGAGCGACCUCGUCCGCCGUAGCGCAAGCUUCUUGGAUUCUGGGACGACUAGAGUACAUCUCCAAGAAGGUGGGAUUGAGGUGGGCCGAUGGCGUUGCAGCGACGUUGCGAGGGGAUUUGCGCGCAUACGAACAGUGGGUUUCUUGACGAUGCUGAAGAAGGCAAUCACUAACAGCCGUUGCAGACAAAUGGCCGACAACAGUCCCGUGGAGUCAGCGCCCCGCUGGAUCAAAGACGUUGAACGAUCGGGUCGCGGCCCGGAAUAUCUCAUCGAAGACCGGACUCCGCUCGG